AUGGACAGCAACCCCGAAUGCAUUCAGCCGGCAGACUGGCAAGCCGGCCAAGCUGUCCCCGUCUUUCUCAUCCACGACGGCGGCGGCACAACAUUCUCCUACCACUGCUUGGAAUCUCUGAAGCGUCCUGUGUACGGCAUUCAUAAUCCAAACUUCCACAGUGGAGAACCUUUCGAUGGAGGACUCAAAGACAUGGCCAAGCUCUACACACGUUUCAUCACCGAGACUGUCGAGAAACCCGACUUCCCCAAGCGAUACAACUCAGCCGGAAAGAUCCAAAUACUUCUCGGGGGAUGGAGCAUGGGCGGUCAUCUGAGUCUCGAGAUCGCAAAGCAACUCAACCCUGAAGACACUGAUAUCCGAGUCAUUGGCAUUCUUAUGGUCGAUACCAUCUAUCCCUUCAAAUACUCGAGUGAAGAUCGCAAAAGACCCGGUGAAGGUUCGCAAGAGGGCAAGAAUAAGAACCAGAUACUUGCCGAUCGCGCCAUGGCUGAUGCUCGCCGCAUGAUUCAAGCUUGGACUCCCCCAGUAUGGGAUGGGGACUCCCAGGAAGGCCGCCCUCGAAUUUCACUUCUCCGCGCCAAGGAACCCGUGCCGACGAAAGAAGGCCAAGCCGAUAUUGUCGAUAUGAGCCGCGAGGAUCGGAACCUUGGUUGGGAUAUGUACGACAAGAAUCUCUUUGCUGAGGUGGUGGACAUUGAUGGUCAUCAUUACGAGAUAUUCGCGUUCAAGUACAUUGAAGAUAUCUCUGAGAAGAUGAGAGAAGCACUGAAUAGAUUGGAGCAUGCUUCUAGGAAGUAG